GCUCCAGUUGCAGUCAUAGAGACACCGUUAGCUCCAGUGAAUGCCACACCACCUGCUACAGUAAUAGCAGUUGCCGUUCCACCUUCAGCUGCAGUCAUCGAGACACCUACAGUUUCUGUAGCACCCACUCCAUCUGCAACUCCAGCUGUAAACCCCUGUCCAGCUCCAGCUACAGUUGUUCCAGAAGUUCCACAUCCACCUGUUGCUGUCGCAGCUACAGUGGAGCCAACUCCAGCUCCAGUCGCCCCAGAAAUUCCAGUCGUCGCAGAAGUUUCCACUCCACCUACUGCUGUUGCAGCAACAGAACAGCCCACUCCAAAGUCAGUUGCAGAUGUCGCCGAAAUUCCAGCUUUACCUGUUGCAGUCGCAUCAGCCAUGGAACCCACUCUAGCUCCAGUCGUCGCAGAAAUUCCACCUCCAUCUGUUGCUGUUGAAGCAACCGUAGAACCAACACCAGCAUCAGUUCCAGACAUCGCUGAAAUUCCACCUCCAUAUGUUGCUGUCGUAACAAUCAUACAACCCAUAGCUCCUCCAGUUGCUGUUGCAGCAACCACAGAACCCACACCGCCUCCUGUGGUCACCGAAGUUCCGUCUCCUCCAGUUGCACUAGCGACAACAUCAGAGCCUACUGCAGCACCGGCUCCACCCGUUGCAGAAGUUCCAGCUCCGCCUGUUGCACUCGCGGUAACAUCAGAGCCUACUGCAGCACUGGCUCCACCUACAAGUAUUGCAGAAGUGCCAGCUCCAUCUGUUGCUGUUGCAUCUACCGUAGAGCAAGCUCCAGCUCCAGUUUCAGUCAUCCCAGCAAUUCCAGUCGUCGCAGAAGUUCCGGUUACGCCUGUGGCUGUUACAAAAACCACAGAGCCCACACCACCUCCCAUAGCGGUCGUCACCGAAGUUCCAGCUCCUUCUGUUGCAGUCGCGGCAACUUCAGAGCCUACUGCAGCACCGGCUCCACCCGCUCCAGAAGUUCCAGCUCCGCCUGUUGCUGUUGCAGCAACCACAGAACCUACACCGCCUCCCGUGGCGGUCGUCGCCGAGGUUCUAGCUCCUCCUGUUGCUGUCGCAGCAACCUCAGAGCCUACUGCAGCACCGGCUCCAGCCGCUGCAGAAGUUCCAGCUCCGCCUGUUGCUGUUGCAGCAACCACAGAACCCACACCGCCUCCCGUGGUGGUCGCCGCCGAGGUUCCAGCUCCUCCUGUUGCAGUCGCAGCAGCCGUAGAUCCUAACGCAGCCCCAGCUCAAGCCGCUGCAGAAGUUCCAGCUCCGCCUGUUGCUGUUGCAGCAACCACAGAACCCACACCGCCUCCCGUGGCGGUCGUCACCAAAGUUCCAGCUCCUGUUGCACUCGCGGCAACCUCAGAGCCUACUGCAGCACCGGUUGCACCCGCUGCAGAAGUCCCAGCUUCGCCUGUUGCUGUUGCAGCAACCACAGAACCUACACCGCCUCCCGUGGCGGUCGUCGCCGAGGUUCUAGCUCCUCCUGUUGCUGUCGCAGCAACCUCAGAGCCUACUGCAGCACCGGUUGCACCCGCUGCAGAAGUCCCAGCUUCGCCUGUUGCUGUUGCAGCAACCACAGAACCCACACCGCCUCCCGUGGUGGUCGCCGCCGAGGUUCCAGCUCCUGUUGCACUCGCGGCAACCUCAGAGCCUACUGCAUCACCAGCUCCAGUUAUUGAAGAAGUGCCAGCCUCGCCUGUUGCAUCUACCGUAGAGCAAGCUCCAGCUCCAGUUUCAGUCAUUCCAGUAAUUUCAGCCGCUGCAGAAGUUCCAGCUCCGCCUGUUGCUGUUGCAGCAACUACAGAACCUACACCGACUCCCGUGGCGGUCGUUGCCGAAGUUCCAGCUCCUCCUGUUGCACUCGCGGCAACCUCAGAGCCUACUGCAGCACCGGUUGCACCCGCUGCAGAAGUUCCAGCUCCGCCUGUUGCUGUUGCAGCAACUACAGAACCUACACCGACUCCCGUGGCGGUCGUUGCCGAGGUUCCAGCUCCUCCUGUUGCACUCGCGGGAACCUCAGAGCCUACUGCAGCACCGGUUGCACCCGCUGCAGAAGUCCCAGCUUCGCCUGUUGCUGUUGCAGCAACCACAGAACCUACACCGCCUCCCGUGGCGGUCGUCGCCGAGGUUCUAGCUCCUCCUGUUGCUGUCGCAGCAACCUCAGAGCCUACUGCAGCACCGGCUCCAGCCGCUGCAGAAGUUCCAGCUCCGCCUGUUGCUGUUGCAGCAACCACAGAACCUACACCGCCUCCCGUGGCGGUCGUCGCCGAGGUUCUAGCUCCUCCUGUUGCUGUCGCAGCAACCUCAGAGCCUACUGCAGCACCGGUUGCACCCGCUGCAGAAGUCCCAGCUUCGCCUGUUGCUGUUGCAGCAACCACAGAACCCACACCGCCUCCCGUGGUGGUCGCCGCCGAGGUUCCAGCUCCUGUUGCACUCGCGGCAACCUCAGAGCCUACUGCAUCACCAGCUCCAGUUAUUGAAGAAGUGCCAGCCUCGCCUGUUGCAUCUACCGUAGAGCAAGCUCCAGCUCCAGUUUCAGUCAUUCCAGUAAUUUCAGCCGCUGCAGAAGUUCCAGCUCCGCCUGUUGCUGUUGCAGCAACUACAGAACCUACACCGACUCCCGUGGCGGUCGUCGCCGAGGUUCCAGCUCCUCCUGUUGCACUUGCGGCAACCUCAGAGCCUACUGCAGCACCGGUUGCACCCGCUGCAGAAGUCCCAGCUUCGCCUGUUGCUGUUGCAGCAAUCACAGAACCUACACCGCCUCCCGUGGCGGUCGUCGCCGAGGCUCCAGCUCCAGCCGCUGCAGAAGUUUCAGCUCCUCCUGUUGCUGUUGCAGCAGCCACAGAACCCACACCGCCUCCCGUGGCGGUCGUCACCGAAGUUCCAGCUCCUGUUGCACUCGCGGCAGCCUCAGAGCCUACUGCAUCACCAGCUCCAGUUAUUGCAGAAGUGCCAGCCUCGCCUGUUGCAUCUACCGUAGAGCAAGCUCCAGCUCCAGUUUCAGUCAUUCCAGUAAUUUCAGCCGCUGCAGAAGUCCCAGCUUCGCCUGUUGCUGUUGCAGCAAUCACAGAACCUACACCGCCUCCCGUGGCGGUCGUCGCCGAGGCUCCAGCUCCUCCUGUUGCAGUCGCAGCAGCCGUAGAUCCUAAUGCAGCCCCAGCUCCAGUCGUUGCAGAAGUUCCAGCUCCGCCUCUUGCUGUUGAAGCAACCACAGAACCCACACCGCCUCCCGUGGCGGUCGUCGCCGAGGUUCCAGCUCCUCCUGUUGCAAUCGCGGCAACCUCAGAGCCUACUGCAGCACCGGCUCAAGCCGCUGCAGAAGUUCCAGUUCCGCCUGUUGCUGUUGCAGCAACCACAGAACCCACACCGCCCCCCGUGGCGGUCGUCGCCGAGGUUCCAGCUCCAUCCGCUGCAGAAGUUCCAGCUCCGCCUGUUGCUUUUGCAGCAACCACAGAACCCACACCGCCCCCCGUGGCGGUCGUCGCCGAAGUUCCAGCUCCUGUUGCACUCGCGGCAACCUCAGAGCCUACUGCAUCACCGGCUCCAGUUAUUGCAGAAGUGCCAGCCUCGCCUGUUGCAUCUACCGUAGAGCAAGCUCCAGCUCCAGUUUCAGUCGUCCCAGUAAUUCCAGUCGUCGCAGAAGUUCCAGCUCCGCCUGUUGCUAUUGCAGCAACCACAGAAGCUACACCGCCUCCCGUGGCGGUCGUCGCCGAGGUUCCAGCUCCAGCCGCUGCAGAAGUUCCAGCUCCGCCUGUUGCUGUUGCAGCAACCUCAGAACCUACACCGCCUCCCGUGUCGGUCGUCGCCGAGGCUCCAGCUCCAGCCGCUGCAGAACCUACUGCAGCACCGGCUCCAGCCGCUGCAGAAGUUCCAGCUCCGCCUGUUGCUAUUGCAGCAACCACAGAACCCACACCGCCUCCCGUGGCGGUCGUCACCGAAGCCGCUGCAGAAGUUCCAGCUCCGCCUGUUGCUAUUGCAGCAACCACAGAACCCACACCGCCUCCCGUGGCGGUCGUAGCCGAGGUUCCAGCUCCAGCCGCUGCAGAAGUUCCAGCUCCGCCUGUUGCUGUUGCAGCAACCUCAGAACCUACACCGCCUCCCGUGUCGGUCGUCGCCGAGGUUCCAGCUCCAGCCGCUGCAGAAGUUCCAGCUCCGCCUGUUGCUAUUGCAGCAACCACAGAACCCACACCGCCUCCCGUGGCGGUCGUAGCCGAGGUUCCAGCUCCAGCCGCUGCAGAAGUUCCAGCUCCGCCUGUUGCUGUUGCAGCAACCUCAGAACCUACACCGCCUCCCGUGGCGGUCGUCGCCGAGGUUCCAGCUCCAGCCGCUGCAGAAGUUCCAGCUCCGCCUGCUGCUGUUGCAGCAACCACAGAACCUACACCGCCUCCCGUGGCGGUCGUCGCCGAGGUUCCAGCUCGUCCUGUUGCAGUCGCAGCAGCCGUAGAUCCUAAUACAGCCCCAGCUCCAGUCGUUGCAGAAGUUCCAGCUCCGCCUGUUGCUGUUGCAGCAACCACAGAAGCUACACCGCCUCCUGUGGCGGUCAUCGCCGAGGUUCCAGCUCCUCCUGUUGCAGUCGCAGCAGCCGUAGAUCCUAAUACAGCCCCAGCUCCAGUCGUUGCAGAAGUUCCAGCUCCGCCUGUUGCUGUUUCAGCAACCACAGAAGCUACACCGCCUCCUGUGGCGGUCGUCGCCGAGGUUCCAGCUCCUCCUGUUGCAGUCGCAGCAGCCGUAGAUCCUAAUGCAGCCCCAGCUCCAGUCGUCGCAGAAGUUCCAGCUCCGCCUGUUGCUGUUGCAGCAACCACAGAACCUACACCGCCUGCCGUGGCGGUCUUCACCGAAGUUCCAGCUCCUGUUGCACUCGCGGCAACCUCAGAGCCUACUGCAGCAACGGCUCCAGUUAUUGCAGAAGUGCCAGCUCCGCCUGUUGCUGUUGCAGCAACCACAGAACCUACACCGCCUGCUGUGGCGGUCGUCACCGAAGUUCCAGCUCCUGUUGCACUCGCAGCAACCUCAGAGCCUACUGCAGCAACGGCUCCAGUUAUUGCAGAAGUGCCAGCCCCGCCUGUUGCUGUUGCAACUACCGUAGACCGGACUCCAGCUCCAGUUUCAGUCGUCGCAGAAAUUCCAGUCGUCGCGGAAGUUCCAGCUCCAUCUGCAGCUCUAGCACCAGCCGCUGCAGAAGUGCCAGCUGCUGUUGCUGCUGUUGCCGUAUUGCUUGAGCCCACUGCAGCUGCAGCUUUAUUAGAAACAACUCCAGGAGCAGCAGUUCCUGAUGCGACUGUUGUAGUGAAAGAUGCAACUUCAGCCGCUGCUGUAGGUCCGGCAGCUUCUGCAGAGCCAGAAGCAGUUGGAGUACUUAAUCUUGUGAAUUCAUUGGGAAAUGAAUAUGUUUCUCACUCCUUAGCUAAAGAAGAUUGGCAAACCAACGAUGCUUCUUUGUUAGCUAUUGCAGCUACUUUGGAUGCUAUUGGGCGGCGAUUACAAGACCAGAAGGCUAGAAACCAACAAACUAUUGAUCGUCUUUACGAAAUCGAGAAAUUGUUGGGAUCAUAACAAGCGUGAACGACAAAUAAUUACUCGUAUGUCAGCCCAUUAUUGUGAAUCCAUGUUCUAGAAUUACAUAAAUG